AUGGCAACCUCGCCGCGGUUGGCCGGACGGCGCCGUCGCGGGAUGCCGCCUGAUAUCUGCUUCUUGCAUCUCGGUCGGCCUCACCCCGUCAUCCCGCUGACCAUGGGGCGCACGCUUCCAGUCCCCGUGCCGUGCAAAGUGUGCGGCGACCGCUCGUACGGCAAGCACUACGGCGUCUACUGCUGCGAUGGAUGCAGCUGCUUCUUCAAGCGCAGCAUACGCCGCGGCAUCGUUUACACCUGCAUAGCCGGCAACGGUAGCUGCAUUAUCGACAAGGCCCGAAGGAACUGGUGUCCCUACUGCAGGCUUCAGAAGUGCUUCGCCGUUAGCAUGAACAAGAACGCCGUCCAAGAGGAACGCGGGCCGCGCAAGAACAAAAACAAGAGCAGGAGCAACGCCGAAGGCGGCGGUACCGGUGCGCCCACGUCCGGACGCCCUGCGCGUCCUCCGGGCUCCAGCCGAGGUCUUUCGGCCAGGAUCCACCAGCUCCUGUCCGGUAGCGGAGGCGGCCCUCAGCUUCCGCCCAUCGCCCUGCAGACCGGACCUGCGACAGCGCUGUCCGCACCCUGCGUGGCUCCGGGGACGGCUUCGGUUGCCGUGCCAACGACGAGCUCGCUGCUGCUAAGGCCCCCGCUGUACAUUCCAGCCGCGCCCAUGGCGUCUGCCGUCGAGACAGCCCCCUCGUCGUCGUCGUCGUCGCUCUUCGCAUCGGCACGACUGCUGGCCGGUCUGGACUUCGGCUGCAACGCAGGCGGAAGCGACGGCGGGGCCAGCGCUUUCCGCAGGGUGCUGCCGCAGCACAGGGAUGCCAUGGCACCACCGGAUCUCCCACCAGACGCAGCCGUGCCGAUGCCCUGCGCCCCGUCACCGGACCGGCAGCAGCAGCACCACCGGCCGAGCGGCGGCGAAGAGCUGCUGCUCCACGAGGUGGCAGCUCAGGUGCUGCUGGUGGCGCUACGCCGGGCGCGGGCCAACGAGUUGUUCCGCACGCUGCCCGCGGGGGACCAGGCCGCGAUUCUGGACGAGGCGUGGCCCCAGCUCUUCCUGCUGCAGGCCGCCCAUUGGCCGCUGGACGUGCUGUUGCUCAUGGGUCACGUGGCCGCCUCCACCGCUCUUGGGGCUGAGCUUCAAACCAGCGUCCGGCAAAUCCAACAAGCCAUAGCCCAGUGCAAAUCGUUGGCCCUUGAUCCCAUCGAGAGGACGCUCCUGGAAACCAUACUGCUCUGCAGGAAAGACUGUCAGCGCGAGCUGUGCGCCUCGGGCCAGGUGGAGUGCCUGCUGGAGCAGUCUCACCUGGCGCUGCAGCAGUACAUGCGCCACGCGAGGCCCCACAGCCCGGCCCGGUUCGGACAGGCCCUGCUCGUGCUACCGGCGCUCCGGGCCGUGCCGCAUGCCGCGCUCCACGAGCUCUUUCUGCUUCGACGGCAACGGCUCUUCGCCUGAGGGUGGACUCGGCAUCUUGGUUUUCAGAAUCAGCCUUUCUUUUUCUUUUUCGCGGUAGCGAAGCAACGAGUUUUGACUGAAAGAGCUGCUGCACGAAGACCCUUGCGUGAGCUUGUAAUAUAGGUGAACGCGCUGGCCAGACGUGGAAAAAAAAAGAAUCAGGCGGCAAAAUAAAGGCAAUCCACGUGCUCGAACUGCUGAAAAGCGAAGCGCACACGUGCUUGAAAUUGCGUGGGUGGCAACUGUCCCCGUAUGUUGUGGCGCCGCCUGCACCGCACCCUUUAAACUGCGUCAGUCUGGCAAAGAUGAUCGCGCUUCGCUUGAUGCCGUGAGCGCGAUCGAGAAAAUACUCGAUUCUGCAAAGCCAGGUUCUCACGAAUUCAUGUGACAUUGUUUUUUCACCAAAAUCGCGGGAGCGCGAGUUCUCACGAUGAGGGCUGGUAGUCAAAUGGUUAGAGCAUCAGCAUAUCAAGUUCACUGGACUAUGUCGACCUUGGCUGUUCUACCUACGCUCGUGCGCUCUUUUCUAUAAAGUUUACUCUCUCUCUCU